GAUAUAUUUCUCUAUAUAUGGGAUUGAAAAGUGCUUAGUCUUGUAUUUUAGGUAGCAUAUUUUCCAUGGAUUCCAUGAAAGGACAAGGAGGCAUCCAGAUGCUGCUGACUGCAGAGCAGGAGGCCCGACAGAUUAUUUCCAGCGCUAAAAACUUAAAGUUGACGAGGUUGAAACAAGCUAAAGAAGAAGCUGAGAGGGAAGUGAAACUCUACCACUCCAAUAUGGAAGCUGCCCACCAGAAGAAAAUUUCUGAGACGAGUGGGAGCAGUGGGUCAAGUGUAAAACGGCUUGAUGAAGAAACUGCAAUGAGGAUUCAAAGCUUGAAAGAGUCUGCUUCUAGGGUUUCAUCAGAUGUUGUUGCCAUGCUCAUCAAGCAUGUCACAACGGUGAAAGCUUGAUAUGUGGUGGUCAGUACAACUACUUCAUCAGUUACAUCGAUUAAAGCUCGAUCUACUUUAGGUCUAGGGCUUCUACUUUUAUGGUCUUUUCUAAAUUUGUAGAAACCCCGAGUUCCAUUUGGAUCAGGGAAGUAGCCGAUUAAAUGUUAUUAACUUUACGAUCCUGAUUUAAAUAACCACUUUUCUCUAUGUUUUUCUUUCUUAUUUAUUUUUAGGUUCUCAGUUGCAGAGUAUGAGGCAUAUGAAAAAUGAAAAUUGCAAUAAAGGAAGAAUGAGAGAUGAGAGUUAUGGAAUAAGCUGCCAGCCUUCUCCAGACAGAUUUUUUAAAUUAAUUCAUGUAGUCACCUUGAUGAGUUGAUUACUUAAUAUAAAUCUCAUGGAGAGCGAAGUAGUAGAUGAGUUGUUGCAAUUUGAAUGAUUUGUAACAACUGUCAUAUGAUUUCUUUGAGGGAUCGAUUAGAAAAUCUCAUAAGACUGGACGUUACAAAUUUUGA